AGAGUUUAAAAACUUACAGCAAGUUCUCCUAGCUCAGUUCAUUCUUGGAGGUUCCUCAAAAAGAUCAGAAAUGGCCAAAGGAUCUUGCAUGUCCAAGUCCUUGGCUGUCGGCAUUGGGGUCCUCACAGUAUCUUCUGUUAGUGGUUUAGUGUUGAUGGCUGUGAUGUACCAAAUUCAAAUAGAGAAGUUUCCUCCAGUGAGUCCACCGACUCCAACUAAACCGGGUAUUCCAACAGGACCUCCGACUCUCAGACUUCCUGACUAUUUGAUUCCUGAGAGCUACAAAGUCUUCUUCCAACCGUACCUUUACGCAGCGAUAAAUAACAACUACACAAACCAAUCCUUCGUUUUCACCGGGAACUCAACUGUUAGAGUAAAGUCUAUGGCAGUCUCAGAGACCAUCUAUCUUCAUGUUCACGACCUAAACGUGACGACUGUGGAAGUGACAAAAUCGGAUUCAAAUGAGAAAUUAUCAGUGAAAGGAUAUACAAUUUUUCAAAAUGAAACUAAUUUCCUUAAAAUCGAACUAGCGACAAAAAUCUCUGGAAAUGGGACCUACUAUGAUAUUUUCACCAAAUUCGAAGGGGAACUUCUUGAAAACUUGGCUGGGUUUUAUGUAAGCUGGUACACGAAGAAGAUAAAAGCUGAGGAGGAGGAGGAGGAGGAUCAGGAGAGACUCCUCGCCACCAGUCUGCUGCAACCGACAGAUGCCAGGAAAGUUUUCCCGUGCUUUGAUGAGCCAGCACUGAAGGCUGUGUUUGAUAUUACUAUUAUCCACAGACCUGGCACUAUUGCCCUGUCCAAUGAAAUAGGAGGGGCACAUAAGAUCGAAAUAGAUGGAGAAGAAUGGAUUGUGACUGCAUUUGAGGAGACCCCCAUAAUGUCAACUUAUCUGUUGGCUUUCACUGUAUCGGAUUUUACGUAUAAAUCAAAACCUUCCAGUACUAACAUAAAUAUACAUGCUCGGAAGGAUGCUAUUGAUGCCGGCCAUGCUGACUACGCAAUUGAAUUAACAGAGAAGAUUCUGAAAUACUACGAAGAGAUUUUUGAUUUGAAAUACCCACUUAAAAAAAUAGACCAGAUUGCUUUGCCAGACAUCAGUGGUGGAGCUAUGGAAAACUGGGGUUUCAUUUCAUAUCAGGAGUCAGGUCUGUUAUAUGAUAAAGAAAGCGGAUCGACAUUUGAUCAAGAGCUCGUGGCCACUAUGAUCGCUCAUGAAUUAGCACAUCAGUGGUUUGGAAACCUUGUUACCAUGCGCUGGUGGAAUGAUCUUUGGCUGAAUGAAGGAUUUGCAACAUACAUGUCAUACAUUGGGGUGGAAAAUGUUGGCUGGGACUUAAGAGAUCUUAUCGUUCUCAGAGAAAUCCAGACCGCCUUUCAAGUGGAUUCCUUAAACUCUUCCCAUCCUCUCAGCUUGCAGGAAAAUUAUAUUCAAACUUCCACUGAGAUCAUAGACCUUUUUGAUGACAUCACCUACAGGAAGGGUGCUGCUGUGUUGAGAAUGCUGGCCACAUUCAUAACCGAGGACGCAUUUAUGAAAGGAAUCAAGACGUAUCUUAACAAGUUCCAGUACAAAAACACUGUGUACAAAGAUCUUUGGAGCUGCUUGCGAGAGGAGACAAAAGAAAAUGUGGAAGCCUUCAUGAGCACAUGGAUUGAGCAAGUGGGGUAUCCAGUAAUCACCAUUAUUACCCAGACGGGGGAGACUUCUCAAGAACAGUUUUUACUAAAGCAAACAGGGGGCCAUGAUAUUCCAUGGCAAGUUGACAUCAGAUACAUUAAGGCUACUGAUUCCGGGGUGAAAAACGAUUUACUGAGAGUUAAAGGUCCAGUCCGAAGGCCGCACUUUGAACUUAAAGACAAAGAUGAGUGGCUUCUCGCAAAUGUCAAUUGCACUGGCUUUUUCCGUGUCAACUACGAUGAAGAAAACUGGAAUAAGCUUCGUAUGCAACUUGAAAGAAAUCAUCAUGUCAUUCCCCUCAUCAACCGAGGGCAACUAAUUGAUGAUGCUUUUAAUGUUGCAAGGGGUCAUCGCCUCAACAUCACAAUUGCAUUGAGUCUAACCAAGUACCUGAUCAAUGACACCGAGUAUAUUCCAUGGGAGUCAGCACUGAAAAACCUGGAUCAUUUAAUCCUUAUGUUUGAUCGCUCUGAGGUCUAUGGUCCAAUAAUGAAAUACCUACGCAAGCUAAUCACACCACUAUAUGAGCACUUUGAGAAUUCCACAAUAAAUGGAACCAUUCCUGAGAAACACACUGACCAGUAUAACCAGGUAAAUGCGAUUUCAGUAGCCUGCAGCAAUGGCCUUCCUGAGUGCAUAGAUAAUGCUAAGAAUCUAUUCAAAGAUUAUAGAAACGGCACAAAUAACAUUCAUCCAAAUUUGAGGAGAGCAAUCUACUGCAGUGCAAUAGCUUCUGGGGAUGAGUAUGAUUGGGAAUUUGCUUGGAAAGAAUACCAAAGAGCCACAGUCACGACAGAGAAAGACAAACUAAGAUACGCCUUAUCAUGUACCAAAGAAAUCUGGCUGCUGAACAGGUAUCUUCAGUACACUCUUGAUCCCUCAAAGAUAAGGAAGAUGGAUUUGGUUUCUACCAUAAACUACAUUGCCAAAAACGUCGCUGGCCAGCCCCUCGCUUGGGAUUUUGUCCGUGGCCAUUGGUCCUACCUCACCCAAGAGUAUGGAGUGGGAGUCAUAUCUUUAGGCAGUCUGUUAGAUGCCGUGACAAAAAGGUUCUCCACGGACGUUGAACUUGAAGAGCUGAAGCAGUUUCAGAGGGAGCAAGAAGAGGCUGAUCAGGCCCUUGCAGCUCGAGCUUUGGAGCAGGUCAUUGAAAGGACAGAGGCAAAUAUUAAGUGGGUGAAAGAAAACAAGCAGAUUGUUAAGGAAUGGUUCAUGGGAGAGCUGUAGGAUCUUUUAGUUUUUUUGUAGGCCAAGCACAAUUAGAGUAUAGGCAGUGGAGCCAAUACAAUCACAAACAGAUGUAAAGGCAUUCCACAAUAAAGGCAACCCCCUCUUAUGGUUCGGAGAUGGUUUCGAACAAAAGAUGACUUUCACUGGAGAAUUAUUCAAGCUUUAGAAGAGAAUAACAAAGAAUGUGCAAUUUUAAAAUGGCUACAUAACACAUUCCCUAUGCUAUGUUGAGUAGCUAAUGCCAACUCUAUUGCGUAUACUAGAAAAAAGGCCAAGAAUGAAUGUUAAGGGCAGCUUUAUUGCCUUUACUAUGAUUUAGUUGAUAUUAGUGACUCUGUUUACAGUGAGGAAAUCACAUCUAAGCACAUUCGGAAAGCACUGUAUGUCUAUUGUUAUAGUUUAAUCUUAUUAAAAUACAUAU